AUGGCCUCGACACCAUCUUCUCCCUCGGAUGGCCGAGGCGGCCGCGGCGGCAUGACCGCCUCGACGUCGGACGCGGCCCUCGGCUCGCCCGCUCCGCAGCGCAGCUCGCUCUACGCCGCAUCCAAGCUGCCCGCGAGCUGGGGCAUCGGAGCGCGCCGACUCUCGACGUCCUCGACCGGCUCCAACACGCCCUCGGUAUCGGGCCGGACCGACGCAUCGGCCGGCGCCAACACGGUGUCGUCGUCGAGCAAGGCCUCGAACCUCUUCCAGCAGACGACGACGGCGCUCCAGAACUUUGCCAUCGAAUCCAUCAUCUCGGCCUCGGCAGCGCCGCCCCGCCUCCCCAUCUCACAGACAAAGGAGCCCCUCUCGCUCCCGACGACGACGAAAAACUUUCGCGGCUUCGUCCAGAAGUCCGGUCCCAUCUUCUUUUUCCAGGACGGCGUCCAGGCCACCCUGGUGUGGCAGGAUACCAGCUGGACCCUCAUGUGGAUGGCCAUCUGGGCCGUCAUCUCCAUCUACCCGUGGACACUCGUCCUCAUGCCCAGCACCGUGCUCGCCUUCAUCCUCAUCUCGACCCACCGCGCCCGCUUCGAGGACCCCAUGACGACGGCAACAAAGGCAAAGGAGGCGGCCGCAGCCGCAGCAGCAGCAUCGUCCUCGUCGCCUUCAAAGGCCAGCGCGGGCCACAGGGAGCACUCCAAGGCGCAACAGGCAAAGAGGGCGGCAGCCGGCCCCACGCCCGCAGACGUGCUCGAGUACUCGACCGGCCACCCGACAAAGACGGGCGAGGGCGACGUUAAGCCCCCGCUCGUGCCCAACCCGCCCCACGAGGGCAGCAUCAAGUACUACGAGAACCUCCGCGACAUCCAGAACAUGAUGAGGCUGGUCAUCGACGGGUACGACGCCAUCGCCCCGCUGGUGCCCUACCUCAACUGGUCGUCGUACACGCGCAGCCUGCACGUCUUCCAGCUGUCGAUCCUCGUCACCGCGCUCCUCUUUUUCGUCGCGCCCUACAUCCCCUACCGCCUGGUCCUCUUCCUCGCCGGCGAGGGCGCCUUUAUCCUCAACCACCCGUGGACGCUUCCGGCGCUGCAGGGCGUGGGCAAGCGCAUCAACUCGUCGCGCGAGGGGCGCAGGAUGGUCAAGCUGCUCAAGGAGGGCGGCCACCGGCUGCGCGAGUGGGUCGAGCAGGACCGCCUCGACGACGAUGUGUGGGAAAAGGGGUGGAGGAACGUCGAGAUGUUUGAGAACGAACGCUUCCAGCCGACGAACCGCGCAUCGAGCUCGAGCGGGCUCGUGGGAGGGUGGAGCGCGCACAACCUCAACGUGGGCGAGCGGAGGCCGUGGACAAAGGGCGCCGACGGCUGGUCCUCUGACGACCUCGACGUGAUCCCCGGAGCGAGCAUCGACAUUAGCAGGCAGGUGUCGAUGACGCUGGAAGCGGGCUGGGCGUGGAUCCCCUCGGAGGACUGGCGGAUCGACUGGGGCGGGAGCUGGUCGAGCGUGGGCGUCGACGACGAGGGAUACGUCUACACCGAUUCGUCGUGGCAGAAACCCUCUCCGUACCCGUACGGACACGGCGGUGGCGUGCCCGACUACCCUCCGAGCAUCUUUGACCUUAUUCAGGAUGAGGGGGAGGAUGAGGGGGAGGAGGCAGAGGGGGGAGGGGGAGGGGGGAGGGGGAGGGGGAGGGUUUGA